GAAAACGGUAAUGAGAGGAAUGGAACGAGUAGAGUGAGGCCCACUAAAAGUAAUACUAGCAGUGAAGCUCCAGGGGAAGAAGAAAUGAAAGGAGAGAUGGAUGAGGAAAUAACCUGGGAAGAGUUCACGAAGACCCUAAGCGGUUUAAAAAAUGGAAAAUCGCCGGGAGAAGAUGGGCUAACUGUAGAAUUCCUAAAGGGCUUGCCAGGAUGCUGGAAAGAGGAGCUAUACGAGACAAUCAACCAAGCCUGGAAGAAAGCACAAAAAGCAAUAAAUGUAGCCUGGGGAGUUAUGAAAAGAGCGAAAGUAAACAGCUUAAGUAGAAGAUUCUAUCUAUUGGACACGCUAGCUAAGUCAGGAUGCAUCUAUGGAGUAGAAAUCUGGGGUUGGGUGAAGCAAAAGAAGAUGGAGCAACUAAGAGGACGAUACGCAAAAAUGAUCAUGGGCCUAAACAGUAACACCCCGGACUACAUCUGGAAAACGGAGGCAAGUAGGACAGGAAUGGAGUUAGAAGCUAGAAGAAGAGCCUACAAAUACAUUGUUGAGGUAGCUGGAAUGAAAGAUGACAGGUGGCCGAAAGUUUGCCUCCGGGAGGAAGCAAGACUUACCUUGAAUAAAAACCCCACAAAAUUCGGAAGUGAUAUGGUGAAAGCGUUACAAGAGACCGAGGAGAUGACGACACUACUCAAGAAUAUGAUGGAAAAUAAAAACGUGGAGUGGAUAGAGACCAAACUAAGUGAAAGCUUAAGAGAGCUAGAAACGAAAUUAAAAACGGAAAUAAGAACCAAGGUCGCGCAAUCAAGGUACUGGGAUAAAUAUGAAGAGAUAACAAGUGAAGAAAAUUUUAACAGCUACUGGGAGCAAAAGCAAUGGAAGGGCUGGGAAAAAGAGCAGUGGGCAAGACUGAGAAGCGGCAACCUAGGCAGAGUGGGAAAUAAAGGCUACAGUGACACCAAUUGCAGGUUGUGCGGAAAAGCAGAGGAGACACUAGAUCACCUAUGGGUGUGCGACAAGGCAAAAAGUGCAAUAAAGAAAGAGUGGGUAAAAGAUAUGGAAAACUGGAGAAAUGCAAAGGAAGGUACUGAGCUGGAAAGACUCACAAUUAACACUCUGCAGGGUGAGCCAAAGACAGAGUUGUGCAGAUAUGCAAGGGAGUUCGAGAAGCUAGUCAGGAAGACACGAGAAUCCGCACAAGCAGGAAAAAAAACGGAAGCUAGUGAGGAGAAGAAGCGUCGAUAG